CUGAUAUGGCCGUUCGAUCAGAUUAAUUGACUGUUUUCUUUGGAGAGUUCAUCGACGAAACGCUAAGACGGCGCAGCGAGCCAGAACGAGAUCGGAAGCCAAGUUGUUUUCUCCUUCAAUCAGGGUAUACAAAAAUGGAAAAUAGAUGGUACAGUGGCAGACAGGAAAUGCGUGCUAGAGAUAAACGACAACACAAAACGGAGGAGGCAUAUGAGGCUUCUGUUCUUGAGGAUCUUGCAGAGGAUUUUCGCCUUCCAAUUGAACAAAGGCCAACCGAAAAUGUAGAUCUAGAUAAUGUGGAACAAGCAUCAUUAGAGACAAAAUUGACAUCCUCUAACGUUGGAUUCAGGCUACUCCAAAAGAUGGGAUGGAAAGGGAAGGGUCUUGGAAAGGAUGAACAAGGAAUAAUUGAGCCAGUAAAAUCUGGGAUAAGAGAUCCAAAAUUAGGCGUAGGAAAACAGGAGGAAGAUGAUUUUUUUACUGCAGAAGAAAAUAUCCAGCGGAAAAAACUUGAUGUAGAGCUCGAAGAAACUGAGGAAAUUUCAAAAAAGCGGGAGGUUAUAGCAGAACGUGAGCAGAAAAUUCAGACUGAGGUGAAAGAAAUACGGAAAGUGUUCCAUUGUGAGCUCUGCAACAAGCAAUAUAAACUGGCUGUGGAGUUUGAAGGUCACCUGAGCUCAUAUGAUCACAACCACAGAAAGCGUUUUAAAGAAAUGAGAGAGAUGCAAGGGUCUAGCAGUCGUGAUGAUAGGCAUAAGCGAGAACUACAACGUCAAGAGAAGGAGAUGGCGAAGUUUGCUCAGAUGGCUGAUGCCCAUAAGCAGCAACAGCAACAGGAGGAAGCUGGAACUGAUGUGGUCUCCACUGCUCUGAAAAGUGCUACUGUACUUGCAGAUCAUGAUCAACGGAAGGUGUUAAAGUUCGGAUUUUCCUCAAAAGGUGGCACAUCCAAGGUAUUUUUAUGUGGAAUUUAGGAUUUUG